GUGUUGUGUGUUUGUGUUUGUGCUGCUCGUGUGUGUGCCAGCCCACAGCGCCCCCAUGCCCCCGCAUCAGACUCUCCGCUCCAAACUCGGCGCUCGUCUCUCCGCCUUGGUCCUGGCCCCGCCCCCUUCCCAUGACAUCACAGAGGGUUCUGCAACAGGCCCCGCCCCCUCUGCACACGCCGCACUCCGAUUGGCCCAGAGCUCCCGCGCUGCGCUCCCAUUGGCCCAGAGCUCCCGCCUGCUGCUCGACCUGGUCCAGGGGCGUGGCCGAAUGUGGAGGAGGGGACGAAAAUCGGCGGUGGGAGGAGGAAGAGGAUGUUUCGGGAUGAAGAUGGACCGGAUUGGCUCCAUCAGUGGGUUAGGCUGUUAGA